AUGGCGAGUGCCAAGUAUGUUUUCGCACAUUUCAUGGCGCAGAACUCCUACUCGUAUUCGCAGAGUGACUGGGUGAACGACAUGACAACUGCCAAGAAUAUUGGUAUUGAUGGUUUCGCCCUGAACAUGGCUGGUAAUGACUAUGAAGUCAACCCUCAGCUCGGGUACGCAUACGCGGCCGCGGAGCAAGUGGGUUUCCAGUUAUUCUACUCGUUUGACAUGACCAGUACGUGGGACGCCAACACGAUCGCGGGCAUCGUUGCGCAGUACGCAUCAAGUUCGAGCACAUUCCACUACAACAGCAAGGUCCUCGUGUCGACCUACUCAGGCGAGAGCUACGGCGACUCGUUCUGGUCAAGCGUAAAGAGCACUCUCUCCGGCCAGGGCAUCGACAUCGCGCUCGCGCCCGCAUUCACGUCAUAUCGCGACCCGUCACAGGCCUCGAACUUGCUGUCCACGUUCCCAUCUAUUGACGGAUUCUACAAUUGGUGGUCUUGGCCUAAUGAUGUCGGUACCAACUUGACCACCGACACGGACGUUGCGUACCAGGCCGCAGCUCAGUCUCGUGGGGGUCCUUACAUCAUGGCUGUGUCGCCGUGGCAGUUUAAGAACCUCGACAACCUCGGCGACUGGGUCGAGUACAGCGACACUCUUUGGGACUACCGCUGGCAGCAAGCCUUGCAGGUCCAGCCUGACAUCGUCGAGAUCGUAACCUGGAACGACUACCCCGAAUCGCACUAUAUCGGUGAUAUCAACCCUAACGUGGACAUCGGCACCCAGGCACCUCUCUAUGUCAACGGCUUCGACCACGCAGCAUGGCGUGAUGUUGCCCAGUACUACAUCUCGUGGUAUAAGACCGGCAACCAGCCCACCAUUUCCAACGAGGAGGUCGUCUUCUGGUAUCGCGCCUUCCCCAAGGACAUAACCUGCAGCACUGGCACCCGCCCCCGCAACGCCGACUUCCCCGCAGACGCCGUCUUUGCAAUCGCAAUGCUCGGGUCGCCUGCGACUCUCACCCUCGCGAUUGGCUCGCAGGAGACCAACUGGAGCGCGCCUGCCGGCCUCUCGAUGGGUUAUGUUCCGUUCCCGGUCGAGGACGCGCAGAUCCCGUACAUCGAGGUGAGCCGUGACGGCAACAAAGUGUUCGAUGGUUACGGCUCGGUGUAUGUCAAGCAAUCGGGCUGCGACUACUAUAACUUCAACCCGUUUGUUGGCAAGGUGCCUAACUAACUAUGAUGCAAUGUUUUUUUCUUGGGCUUUUUGGAGGCUUCAUCAAAUGGAAUUAGUUGCCGUCUGGUCGUUUACUUCAACGGCCAUUUAGUAUCUACUUUCCGGAGUAUAUAUAUAGGGAAUGAUUGGCGUGCAAUC